AUGACAGCCUCAACUUCCUCCCCCUCUUCAUCCUCUUCAUCGUCCUCCUCCUCCAUCGCUCGCAACCGUCUCGCCUCCCUCUCCUCUCACAUCAUGGGCUCCAACCCGCCCUCCGUCUUCUCCACGGCCGUCGUCCCCGCCGCCCCCGAAGAUCCCCUCUUCGGGCUGGCCCAGGCCUUUCGCCAGGACCCCUCUGCAAAGAAAGUCGAUCUGGUCAUCGGCGCAUAUCGCGACAACAAUGCGAAACCCUGGGUAUUACCCGUAGUGAAAAAGGCCGACGACCUCAUUCGCAAUGACCCCAAUCUCAACCAUGAAUAUCUCCCCAUCAAGGGUCUGGCCGAUUACACCACCGCCGCCCAGAAGCUCAUGAUCGGGGCCGACAGUCCAGCCAUCCGCGAGAACCGAGUCGCAACCUUCCAACCAUCUCCGGCACAGAGCCGUCCAUCUAGGCGCCCUCUCCUGGCCAAAUUCCACCCGCAACCAGCCCAAGCCCAAGAUCUACCUCUCCAGCCCGACCUGGGCCAACCACCACCAGAUCUUCACCAACGUCGAGCCUCGAGCUCGCCAACUACCCCUACUUCUCCGCCCAGACCAAGGGCCUCGACUUCGACGGCAUGCUGGCCGCCCUGCGCGCCGCCCCGGCCGGCUCCAUCAUCCUGCUGCACGCCUGCGCCCACAACCCCACCGGCGUCGACCUCACCCAGGACCAGUGGAAGCAGGUCGCCGUCAUCAUGCGCGACCGCCAGCUGUUCCCCUUCUUCGACUGCGCCUACCAGGGUUUUGCGUCCGGCGACCUCGCCCGCGACGCCUGGGCCGUGCGCUACUUCGUCGACCAGGGCUUCGAGCUGUGCGUCGCGCAGUCGUUCGCCAAGAACUUCGGUCUCUACGGCCAGCGCACCGGCGCCUUCCACUUUGUGUCCGCCCCCGGCCCCGACGCCGCCACCGCCAACGCCCACGUCGCCUCCCAGCUCGCCAUCCUGCAGCGCUCCCGAGAUCUCCAACCCCCCGGCCUACGGCGCCCGCAUCGCCAGCCGCGUCCUCAACGACCCCGCCCUCUUCGCCGAGUGGGAGGACGACCUGCGCACCAUGAGCGGCCGCAUCGCCGACAUGCGCACCGGCCUGCGCCAGCGUCUCGAGGCCAAGGGGACGCCCGGGUCCUGGGCGCAUAUCACCGAUCAGAUCGGCAUGUUCAGUUUUACCGGGCUGUCGGAGCAGCAGGUCAAGCUGUUGCGGGACAAAUGGCACGUCUAUAUGACCAAGAACGGCCGCAUCUCCAUGGCCGGUCUCAACACGAAUAAUCUGGAUUAUUUCGCCGAGGCCGUCGACAGCGUCGUCCGCGAGACGCAAUGA